CCACAAUGCCUGAAGUGGAGAGGAAGCCCAAGAUCUCAGCUUCACGCAAACUCCUUCUAAAGAGUUUGAUGCUGGCUAAAGCCAAAGAAGAAUGGGAACAAGAACAAGUGGACAAACAAGGAGAGAAGGAGAGAUAUUUGGCAGAAAGGAUAACACCUAUGCAUAUCAGUGGGCUUUCCUAUUCCCAACUCCAGAUUAAAGACUUGAAACUGAAGGUGCUUGACCUUAGGGGAAAAUUCAAGCGUCCUCCCUUGCGCCGUGUCCGGGUGUCUGCAGAUGCCAUGCUUAGAGCUCUGCUUGGCUCAAAGCACAAAGUAUCUAUGGACCUGAGAGCCAACCUCAAGUCUGUCAAGAAGGAGGACACAGAAAAGGAACGUCCAGUAGAAGUGGGUGACUGGCGUAAGAAUGUGGAGGCCAUGUCAGGAAUGGAAGGCAGGAAGAAGAUGUUUGAUGCUGCCAAAUCACCAACAGGACAAUGAGAAGUCAUAUUUCUUUCAUAGAAACAUGAAGAGCCCUUCCAUAGAGCCUACAUGCAUCACUUUUUUU